CGCUGUCACCCCCUGCCAGGUCCAGGCGUGCCGUGCCAGCGCUGCCCCGUGGGGGUGGCCCUCGUCCCCUCGGCCGCUGGACUCGUGUCACCCCGCAGUGGCAUUUUACGAGGGACAUUUCCUCAAGGUGCUGUUCGACCGCAUGAGCCGGAUCCUGGACCAGCCCUACAGCCUGAACCUGCAGGUGACCUCGGUGCUGUCCCACCUGGCCGCCUUCCCCCACCCCCACCUGCACGAGUACCUGCUGGACCCCUACCUCAACCUGGCCCCCGGCUGCCGCUCGCUCUUCUCCGUCCUCGUCAGGGUGAUCGGGGAGCUGAUGCAGCGGCUCCAGCGUGUGCCCCACUCCAGGGCCAAGCUGCUCCUGGUGCGCCGGCAGCUCCUGGGGCUGGUGCCGGGAGAGCAGAUGGAUCACACGGUGCUGUUCAAGGGCGUGGUGGUGCUGGAGGAGUUCUGCAAAGAGCUGGCGGCCAUCGCCCUGGUCAAGGGGCCACCCGAGGGGCCACCCUGAGCCCCUCCCUGACCCCUCCUCUUCAGCGGUGGCCACUGGGGAUGGCCCAGCCCUCGUUUCAGUAGCCUCCGGUGGCCCUGUGGUAGCCAGGAAUGGCUGUGACAGCGCGGGAAGGACCUCCAGGAGGGAGAGGAGGCACCGAGUCCUUCGUUGUCACCUUGGGCAGCCCCGAGGUGACGCCGCGGCCCCGUGCGGGGUGCGGAGCCGUGGGUGCUGUGGUUCCUCCUGGGUGCUGGGUUCCUGCUCCCCCCUCCCCUCGCUGCUGUCGGAGCUGCCCCGAGCCCCCCCAGGCUCCAGCAGGGAAUUUUUAGGCAAUAAUGGGGUGUGGGGGGCAGUGCCCCCCAGACUCAGCUGUGAGGACUCGAUUGUCCCCUGCCCUGGUGCUGUGGCAGGGGGGUGUGACGUGUGUGACACGUGUGUGACACGUGUGUGACACGUGUGUGUAUGUGUGUGUGUGACGUGUGUGGGGUCAGGUGUGGGGUCCGGUCCCCCCAACCCCUCUCAGCCCCUCCCCAGGGUGACGGGACUCUGCUCUAAUAAAGCUGUGACUCAG